AUGGCAGCAUCUGAGCGCCCCAGAUCGCCAUCCUCAGGUCGAGAUCUUUCUUUCCAGAACGAGCCCCAUGCCCAACUUGUGCCUGGGCCCCUGCCGGCAGGUCAGGCACAAUCCAACAAAGUUGGAGAUCCGGACAUCGACAGAAUCAUCAGUCUCGCCAUCUCAGAAUGCUCCUUGAAGGAGGGCCAUGGACACAUAGUGACUGAGCGUGCGUCAAGUUCAGGAAGUCGCAAUACGGGAACUGCACCCUUGUCUAAUGGCGCAACAAAUGCGAGGAAGAAGAAGAAGACGCCAAUUCUUGUUGCAUGGGUUCCGGCGUGUCUCACUGCCAUCCUACUUGCGCUAACAGCACUGUACGCCAUUAGACCAGAUCUGUGGAAGAGCCACUUUAUCAACUCAUCCCCGGGCAAUGCGAUCUUUGUUCUCCGGGCCUUGUCUGAAGCAACGGGGUUCCUGCUCGCGAUUACAGUUGCGUCUGCAUUCGAGCUAGUGCAGUGGCUCCUGACUGUCCGCACAGGCGGAAUACCAUUCACCGAGUUCUUGUGCCUUCAGGAGGGAACUGGUAUUCUGGGAUUGAUGCAGCUUACGGCUGGAGCAAAGUCCAGGGCUAGGACAAGGUUCUGGGGCGGCCUCAGACUUCUCGCUCUGGUUUUAUUGCCGGUGUUGGGAGUCGUGAUUAUGAGUGAGGUGGGAACAGUGCUCAGAUUCGACAAGGUGGGCCAGACAGUCGCACCGCUUGGAUUCGGUUUGGGAUCUCUGAACACCAGCGUCGCAGUUACAUUGUCCCCGUUCACGGACAUACUGUUAGGAGCCACUUUCAGCCAGUUUCUGAAUGAUCCGAGUCGUGCCGUUGACAUCACGCCAGAUGCCAGUCGCAGAAGAUCAUGCGCUCUCGGGGUUGACGUGCGCGGUGGACAGACGUGCGAGAGAGCUGUUUACCUGGCUGCAGGCCAGGAGGAAAUAGCUGCGCAGGUCACGACAGAUGCACAUCCCCAAGCCGACUCCUGGCUCGUUGAAGAUCAUCAAGGCUAUGUUCUCCGCUUCACCGAGGGAGAUCAUGGCUGGGCGUUUGACAAUGGCACCGAGUGCCGAACAUAUUACACUGAGGCUCUGACGUCCACCCUUGGCGCCUUCAGACUGUGUGCAAAGAACGUUGCCCCAAAUCAAAUACAUGCCAGAAUCUCAAGCUGCAGCUAUUCCGACAUCACCUCGGCAAACUGUGGGAAGGAGUCUGCAUGGAAUUCAACACCAACUUGGUCCACGAGCUUAUCCUCUACUUUCCGCCAUGCUAUGAUCGCAUAUUCGAGACUUAAUGGCACAAUUAUCUCCCACAAGUUCACCAAAAUGUCAGAAACAGUCGCGCCACUGGAGUCAGCAGAUCUGUUACAAGCGUGGGACAAUUUCCUGGGCCUCGGAAACACCACAGACCUCACCACAUCCAACAUUCUGGAAAUCCUAGGGUUGGGGGCUGGCAAGUUCAUGUUUCCAGCAAUGAUCGGAUCGAUGCUAAAUUCCAUCACCGAGCUCUCUCAGGACAACCCGGCCCUGCAAACAAGAGGAGUGAAUGCCCUUCAGGCAUUGCUGGCAAUCCCCAUCUCCUAUUGUCAAACAGGCUACAUUGAACGGCAAGCUGCCCCUGAGCUACCCAGUAACGUUCUGUUCACUAACUACGACAACAUCAUUCUUCCGGAGGGUCUCGAACGCAACAGCCCGGUAUUCUUCGCAGUGACCAGAAACCAGAUCGACGUGGGAAUCGUGUCUGUCAUAGCUUAUGUGGUGUUGAGCGGACUCGUUUUGAUAUUGUGCUUUACGGCGCUAGGUGGCGGGGCCUUCAGCGAGAGAUCUAGGCAUGUUCCUGACACCACUGCCUUCCCUGUGCUUGAUUUCUGCCGUCAUUGUGUUGUGACGACCAAGUAUGGAGUGUCCACAGCGAAAUACCCUCUCCAAGGCGUUGAAAACUACGCUGGGUUCGCGAUAAGGGAGAUGGACGUGAAGCUGGCUAGAGAAGCUGCAAAUCCUUCCACCUACGAGUGUCGAAAAGAAUAA